CUUUCGACAGAGAGAGAGAGAGAGUGGUAGAGAGAGAGAAGAUGCUGGGGGAUGCUGAGAGCAGAAGGAUGGGCUAAGGGAUCGGUGCUGGACUCCGCGCGCGCCGGGCUGAUCCACAGAAGUUCUGAGCAGGUUCUGCUGCAACUCCACAGACACGCUGGACCAGCCGGGAGAGAGAGACAGGAUGCCCGUGCUGGAGAGAGAGACAGCUAAAGGCCGCAGAGACAGCACUGUCCUGCCCAAAUUACCUGUCCCGGACCUGCAGCAAACUCUGGACAUAUACCUGAGAUACGUCAGACACCUGGUACCUGAAGCCCAGUUCCAGAACACCAGGACCAUCGUGGAGAAAUUUGGAAGACCUGGUGGUGUCGGGGAGAUCCUACAGAAGAAGCUGCUGGAGAGACGGGAGAAAACCCAAAACUGGGUAUAUGAUUACUGGUUGGAGGACAUGUACCUGAACAACAGACUGGCUCUACCUGUGAACUCCAGCCCAGUCCUGGUGUUCCCUCAGCAGAACUUCCGGAGCCGGGAUGAUUCACUCAGAUAUGCAGCUCAUCUGAUAACAGGUGUUAUGGCAUACAAAGACAUGCUGGACAUGAGAUCCCUGCCUCAGGAUUAUGCUCGUGGGCAGCAGGCUGGAACUGAGCUGUGUAUGGAGCAGUACUACCACCUCUUCACUUCCUACAGACGUCCUGGACUCAAACAAGACUCCCUGAUCACCCAGAGCAGCCCAGCAGCAAACAAAACCCAAGAACCGGGUCACAUUAUAGUGGCCUGCAAGAACCAGUUCUUUGUGUUGAAUCUGAUGGAGAAAUCCCGGAGGCUGAACGAGAGUGACUUGCUGACUCAGCUGGUCAAGAUCAGUAAAAUGGCGGAAAAUGCAGAGGAGAGGCUUACCCCCAUCGGCCUCCUGACCUCCGACGGACGGACCGAGUGGGCUCAAGCUCGAGACGCCCUGCUGAAAGAUGCAGUUAACCGGGAGUCGCUGGGCGUGAUCGAGCAGUGUGUGUGUGUGGUGUGUUUGGAUGAGCCCACUGGAAUUCAGCCCACAGACUCCAACAGAGCCAUGCUAAUGCUACACGGAGGCGGCCAUGACAAGAACGGAGCCAACCGCUGGUACGAUAAAUCUAUGCAGUUUGUGGUCGGUGCUGACGGAGUGUGUGGAGUAGUGUGUGAACACUCACCAUUUGAAGGGAUUGUUCUGGUUCAGUGCACCGAAUACCUGUUGAAAUUCCUGACCAGUAGCCCCAGUAAGCUGAGUCGGGGCUCCAGUGUAACUGAGCUUCCAACUCCUCGCAGACUGGCCUGGAGGUGCUCUCCUCAGGUACAGGGCAUGCUGGCCUCCUCUGCAGAACAUCUGCACAGGCUGGUGAAGAACCUGGACAUGGAGGUGUUCACCUUUGGAGCGUAUGGGAAGGAGUUCAUUAAGAAGCAGAAGAUGAGUCCGGAUGCAUAUGUUCAGGUGGCACUGCAGCUGGCCUUCUACCGAUGUAACGGCAGAGUCGUCUCCACCUACGAGAGCGCCUCCACCCGCCGAUUCCGCGAGGGCCGAGUCGACAACAUCCGCUCGGCGACCCCCGAGGCUCUGAGCUUCGUGAAGGCCAUGACGGACGAGCGAGCUCCGCUACAGGAUCUGGAGAAGAUGGAGAGGCUGAGGAGGGCUGUGGACGCUCAGACUAAUUACACUAAGCUGGCCAUUACAGGACUGGGAAUCGACAAUCACUUACUGGGACUUCGGGAGAUCGCUAAAGAGCUGAAGAUGGAAAGCCCGGAGAUUUUCACGGAUAAGACGUACCACCUCAGCAACCAGUUCAUCCUCUCCACCAGCCAGGUUCCCACUACCGUGGACAUGUUCUGCUGUUACGGACCGGUGGUUCCCAACGGUUACGGAGCGUGUUACAACCCUCAGUCAGAGCACAUCCUGUUCUGCGUGUCAAGUUUCCGGGAGUGUAGCGCCACCUCGUCGCUGGAGAUGAUGAAGGCCCUGGAGCUGGCGCUAGUAGACAUGAGAGAUCUGUGCAAUAAAUGUAACAGUGCUAGUGUGGAGAAGGGAGGAGCCAGACCAGCAACGCCCAGAAUGUGAGUCAGCAUCAGAGGAGAAUUCCAGCAGGAAGUGUCCUAUCAAUUUCUGUUACCAAGCUGGCUUGCUUAAUUCAGUUUGUUUUUUAAAUUUAUUUAUUCAUUCAUAAGAUCUAUUGUUCCUGGCUUGGCCUGCAUUUGUUAAAAUGACUAAUUAUGACAAAUAUGAGCCACAUGCAUCACAAACAGCAUCAGCAACCAUAAUAUCUGAGAGGCAAUUCAGAUGAGCCUAAAUGGUUCCAUAAGUUAUAUUUUAUAUAUUUAAAUUAAGGCUAUGUGACGUUGAAUAAACUUGAAAUAUGUCAUAUCCAUAAACUUUUCGAUCAAUACAUUUAAAUCUACAGGAGUUGGACAAUGAAACUGAAACACCUGGUUUUAGACCAAAAUAAUUUAUUGUCCUGACAGACAGUUCUGGUGGAAACAGGAGAGUUGAGGUGCACACUGAAUUCUGCUGUGAUUUGGGCAGCCGUGGUUUUAUAUUAUUUUGGAUACAAUCCGGGUUAGCACCCGAACAUCCCUUUCAGACAACUUCCUCUUGCGUCCACAGUUAAUCCUGUUGGAUGUGGUUGGUCCUUCUUGGUGGUAUGCUGACAUUACCCUGGAUACUGUGGCUCUUGAUACAUCACAAAGACUUGCUGUCUUUGUCACAGAUGAGCCAGCAAGACGUGCAACAACAAUUUGUCCUCUUUUGAACUCUGGUAUGUCACCCAUAAUGUACAGGUGUUUUCUUGGAACACAAUGGACUAAACAGUACUAAACAGAACUAAUCUUGACUAAUCUGGAGGCUGAUAGAAUCCUUAGCUGGCAAAACUGGUUAUGCUGUAAUUGAUAGUCCAGUAUCUGCUGUUUCAUUGUUUUCGCUUCUGAAUUCUGAGCCAGCCUCUAUCGACCAGCCCACCUGUCCGUCAAUCAUCCAGUUCUGAAUGAUGGCUCCCUGCCAAUGGGAUGUGAUUGGUCUUUUAUAAUCCAGCCACCCAGUGCUUCAUCCUCCACUGUAGCUGUCAGUCAGAUGUGGUUUGAUCAGAUUUAGGCUCUGUGAGUGAUGUUCACACCGGUCCGUCUAACAUAUUAUGAUCACUUCAUUAACGCCAACCUGAGUCAGAACUGACCUUCUGGAAAACAGUACUUAUGAGCCUUGCUUCAUAACACUGAUAUAACCAUGCUAUAACAUACAGGUAAUAUGCUGUCAGGAGUCAUCAUGUCCAUUCAUAGUAUGUAAAUAUUAUAAAAUGUAGUAUUAUAUCCAAAAUUGAAAGUAAUUUAAAGUCAUAUUGUAAACCUAAUGUUUGAAUUUUAACCAUUUAAAUUCUGUACUUCAGAAAUAUUACAGUAAAAUAUACAGCCAAUUUCUGGCCAUUUUAGAUGAGAGUAAACUACUGUCAAUUCACAGUGAAAUUGUAAAUUAUUUUAAUGUAAUAAAAAAAAACUAAAAGACAAGUAAUGUAAAAUUGUAAAAUAUAUAAGGGCCUACUUUAACAAUCUACAGGCAAGCCGUCAACCGUUCACCGUACAUCUUGAUUCAGGACGUGUCAGUGUGUCAUUGCUAUCAUAACGAUGGGAAAAGUACAUCUUCCACUCAGCCAAUCAACCAAUCAGUGUGUCAAUUGUAUUUCCUAUAAGAGCCAGGUGCGCUCUGACUUUGGUGGAUUGCUAUUUUAGGGACGCAGCUACCUGGAUGUUUCUCAGCAGAGGAAAUAGACCUGCUUGUUUACAAUCAAUUAUUCUAUUUAUUGUUGAUAUAAAAGUUUGCAUAGCUGUCAAGAGGCAUGCACUAUGGGUUUGUGCACUGCUGCAUGUCCAUGUUCAGUUACUCACAUUGGGCACACAUGCCUCUGUUGAUAAUUCACUACUAAGAUAGCAAUGAACAUCUAUCGGUUGUAUUCAGUCAGUGGUGCACCUGUGAUUUCCGCUGCUAAGAUAUUAAUACAACAGAAAUUUACCUGAAUACACCUUAUUUUGACCAUUGAAUGAUCUUGUACAUGUGUUUGUAAAAAUACAAAUAUACAGUUAAAUUGUUCAUUUGUAGUAUUGCACUUUACAGAACAAAAAAAAUAAUCGAAAAAAAAAGUAAAAAAAAAAGGCAAAUCUGUAAAGAAAACAGUAUGACCCCUGUAUAUCGACAACAAAAUAGAAAUGUGUCUUAAAAUAGAAGCACAGUAAUUGAUUAAAGUCACUUAUAUCAGCAUUAACUUUAAGCUUAACGUCAAUAAAAUAUAUAAUUUUUAUUGUGACUAAAACCAUGUAAAAAAAAAAAAAAAACUUUGAAUGUAAAUAGAUACAAGAGGGAGUACAGAGGGUGUGGCACUGUUUCAUAAUUGGAUAUAAUCAGUCAUAACAUCUCAUCAUAUCUUAACAUAUAAUAAUCGCCAGGCAAAAAACCCAUAUCACCAAAACUGCAGAAAAACUACAGAAUGAUUUUAUUCCAAGUCAAUUUUUAUGGGUCCAUUCAUCAUUAAAUUCGAACACAAUAAAUUCCCAUUAUGGUAAAAAGUAAAAGAAGAAAUACUAUAUAUAUAUAUAUAUUUUUUUUAAUAGCAGCAAUGAUGUGAUAUUUGUCGCAACAUGUUUAUAGCAUGGUUAUGUAGACUUGCUAAAAUUAAAUAUUACAAAUAUUAUUACAGCUUUACCAGCUUAUCAAUCCAUGUUUUUUUUAACAUGAUCCGUCCUUUCAUGCCAUAUACAAUAAAAAUAUAUUUUCUGCAUUUAGAUUUUUUUAUUACACCAUCUUAAUGCAUAGACAAAAGGGGGAAGGACACAUGUAUGAGUAAUAAGACUGGAUAACAAUAAGAUUUUGGCUUUAAUCAAGCAGAUCAUAUGACCAUGCUAAAGUGUAUAAAGCUAUACACUGGAUAACAGAAUAUUAUAACCUGACAUAACCUACAAUUAAGGAGUACAAAGCCUGUAUGCAUGUAUUUAGGUGUAUACUGUAGAGAUUAUAGUGUGUGUAUGAGUGUGUGUAUAGUAGUAGAAGUAGUGAUAGUCGUGUUAGUUACUGUGAAUGUAAUUAGUGUAGCUGUGUGAUGGAAUGGAAAGCCAUGCUCUCUCUCCUGGGCGAGAGACUCUUACUGUGAUCAGCAUGUCCAACACUAGAUAAACCAACAGAGAUAUUAAUAUAUAUAUGUUUAUGUUUAUGUAAUAUAUUUUACAUAUUACCAUAAAGUUCUGAGAUGCUGAGAAUAUAAUAGCUACCAGCCAACAGCAUUAGAUAUCAAAUGUUGUAGAAUAAUGAGAAUAAAUUCUGUUGCCAGAUAGUAAAGUUAGUAAAUUGAUGCUUUUGAUCAGCAUCAAAUCAGAAUCAUCAUCAUCAUGUGCCAAAACUUGUAAACAACAACUUUUAUAUUUUUAUCAAUAUUCUGAAUUUCUGAGUGAAUAUAUUUAACUGUAUGUGUGCCAUAAUGUUUCCUGCAUAAACGAGUGCGACCUGCCGAAUAUAUGCUGUAAACAUCAAUAGAAAUCACUGAUAUGAUUUGAUAUGAUAAUUUUUUGUUGUAUAGAAAAUAGUAUAAAAAAGAAGUAUAAAAGUUACUAUAACACUUUAAAUGCUGUGAUCAGAGGGAGAGAAGACUUGCACUUUAUGUGAAGAACUAUCAUACGCAACAUUUCAGAUUAAAAAAAUAGAAAUAUACUGUAUCCAUAAAUCUAGUAUGUAUAGUUGAAUGUUCCUCACUGUUAAACCGAAAUAUUAUAAAACACAUAAAGCAAUAAGAGCUAUAAUAAAUUUAUAUAUAUAUAUAUAUAUAUA